AUGGCAUCAGAGGACGUGAAAACAAGCGAGUCUGCUGUUUCUACCAUCGUGAAUCUCGCUGAAGAGGCUAAGCUUGCCCGUGAAGGCGUUAAAGCACCGGGACCUGCCCUUCUUAGUAUCUGCAAGUCUCUUGUCGCCGGAGGCGUCGCCGGUGGAGUGUCACGUACAGCUGUUGCUCCUUUAGAAAGACUAAAAAUUCUACUGCAGGUUCAAAAUCCUCACAGUAUAAAAUACAAUGGAACGAUUCAGGGUUUGAAAUACAUAUGGAGAACCGAGGGCUUUAGAGGGAUGUUUAAAGGCAACGGCACUAAUUGUGCUCGAAUUGUCCCAAAUUCAGCAGUCAAGUUCUUUAGUUACGAGGAAGCAUCCAAGGGAAUAUUAUGGCUUUAUAGGCAGCAAACUGGAAAUGAUGAUGCUCAGCUUACUCCUCUGCUGCGUCUUGGAGCUGGUGCAUGUGCUGGAAUUAUUGCCAUGUCAGCAACUUACCCAAUGGAUAUGGUUCGUGGUCGGCUAACUGUCCAGACAGACAAGUCUCCUCGCCAGUAUAGAGGAAUUGCUCAUGCUCUCUCAACAGUCCUUAAGGAGGAAGGUCCUCGGGCUUUAUACAAAGGCUGGCUGCCUUCUGUAAUAGGAGUUAUACCAUAUGUGGGUCUGAACUUUGCUGUUUAUGAAUCUCUGAAAGACUGGUUAUUCAAAACUAAACCAUUUGGAAUAGCUGAGGACAAUGAGCUGGGUGUGACAACAAGGCUGGCAUGUGGGGCUGCUGCUGGAACUGUUGGCCAGACAGUUGCUUAUCCUCUUGAUGUUAUCCGACGAAGAAUGCAGAUGGUUGGCUGGAAGGAUGCUGCUUCAGUUGUCACUGGUGAUGGGAGGGGCAAACCACCCCUUGAAUAUACUGGUAUGGUUGAUGCCUUCAGGAAAACAGUUCGUCAUGAGGGAUUUGGAGCAUUGUACAAGGGUUUGGUCCCCAAUUCAGUGAAGGUGGUCCCUUCUAUAGCAAUUGCAUUUGUGACAUACGAGAUGGUGAAGGACGUUCUUGGAGUUGAGAUGAGGAUAUCUGACUGA